UCCUUUCUAUAAAAGUGAACUAAAAAAAAAAAGUAAAAGAAGGAAAAUGAAAAACCAACAACUCCCCGAACCCCCCAAACAAGCCGCCUACAACCAGCCCUCCAACCCCGUCUCGCACACUCCCGCGGAACAACGCAUUCUCUCUACCCACCAGCAACAGCCCCUAUUAUCUCAAUUUACCAGGCAGGGGGCGAGGGUUACUCGGCAUGCAGGGGAUAUUGACGUCGACGCAGCCAAAGACACAUCCCACCAUCCCUCUUCUUCGUCAUCGCCCUAUCCCUCUGCUUCCAGCGCCAACACCAGCCCCGAUAUCAAAAACGAUAUAAACAUAGGCUACGGCGUCGAACAACAACCCAGCGAAGGAUAUAUCGCGCAUGCCGUCAAGGACGAUUCCCGAGAUAACGUCAUCAACAACAAUAUCAAAGAUGAUAGCCCCAGGGAACACCUCGAAGGAUGCGACGGCUACGACGAAGAAGACGACCUAAUGGCGCACAUGGGCCGCAAACGCAGAGAGCAUGAUCGGGUGCUGCGCGAGAGACUGGAGGGGUCGUCGCCUGGGACGGACGUCGGGAGUGUGGAGAGGGAGGCGCUGAGACGGCGGAAGAUGGAGGAGGAGAGGUUGGAUGUUGUGGGGGCUGUGAGGAGGGGAACGGGGUCGCCGGUUGUUUGACCUUUUUUUGCUUCUUUAUUUAUGAUUUCAUGGAUUGGAUGGGAUGAAAUGGGAUGGGUGGGAGUGUUGUUGUUUGUUGAGGGUUGAGUUUGAUAUGCUAGUUGAUUCAAGUGAAGUAAAUAUGCAUUGGGUA